UAAAGAGGAGGAGCGUGACACAGAGAGAAAGAGGACGUCUCUUUGAAUCAGGACUGUAAAGAUGACUGAUGUGAAAAAUGCAUCAUCUGUGGAGAUGCCAGAGGGGAAGUUAAUGAAGAAGGGUUCAAUCAAGAAGAAAAUUGAAUCAUUCAGGAGAUGGAGUUCAGCUAGCAUCAAGAGACCACCAAAGCCCAAGACCAAGACUUUGAGUCUGUCCUCCCCCGUGGGAGACCCAGAUGACAUCUGGCUGGAAGAAGGUGACAAGAGGAAGCUACGCCCUAUUGUUGACUCUGUCUUUGGACAGGACAGAGAUCUACGACCAGAAGAGAUGGAAGAGUUGCGUGAGGCCUUCAGAGAAUUUGACAAAGAUAAGGACGGCUUCAUCAGCUGUAAGGACCUGGGCGAAUGCAUGAGGACUAUGGGAUACAUGCCAACAGAGAUGGAACUUAUCGAACUCAGCCAGCAAAUCUGUGGUGGCAGAGUGGAUUUUGAAGAUUUUGUGGAACUGAUGGGCCCCAAAAUGCUUGCAGAGACUGCAGACAUGAUUGGGGUUAAAGAGUUACGGGACGCCUUCAAAGAGUUUGACUCUGAUGGCGAUGGUCAGAUUAGCCUUGGAGAGCUGAGGGAAGCCAUGAAGAAGCUAAUGGGUGAGCAGCUCAACCACCGCGAGAUUGAUGAGAUCUUGCGAGAUGUUGACCUCAAUGGGGAUGGACAGGUGGACUUUGAAGAGUUUGUAAGAAUGAUGUCUCGUUGAUUCUUCAGUAAACCUCACACUUAUGCACUAAACACAACACUGGCAAGACUACGGACUGUUACUGUUUUUCUCACAUGUACAAAGACCUCUUGGUGUUUUUUCAGUUACGUGCAAAACCUCUGGCUUAUAAAAAUCCCUUAAAUGUGUUACUGUUGUAUAAAUCUAAUAUGUUUUAUGUGUGUAAUCAGAGAUGACAGAGUGAUAUUUCAGCGGGAAUAGACCAAACCUAUGGUGUCUUUAAAAGAUUAUAUUCAUAUGAAUUUGCAGAAGAAUUGCAUGUAAAAGCCUGAAAAAAUAAGAUCCUGUUUGCAUUGACUAGAUACUGUGAAAUUUUAAUUAUAAGAUGCAUUUUCUGUUUCUUUAUUGUAUUUGUAAUUUGGGUGAAUUGGUCAUUAACUAUGCAGUUUAGUAUCUACAAGUUUGUUGAAACAUUAAUAUGAAUGUAAAAAUGUAUUUUCUGAAUUUCAAUAUUUUAAUGCCACUUAUAGAAUCUUCAUCUUAAACUUGAAUGUGUUAACUGUGAAAUAUCUAAUACACAUAGAAAACAUGAAUGCUUUGUUAUGAGUUACAUAUUUAUUAUACAGAGUAGCAUCUGAAACAAUAUUUUUAAUAUCUUUUUGAUACCUGUUUCAGAACAAUUAUUAGUGAUUUGUGUCUACCGCACAGUAAAUAUCAGUUUCAUAUCCUUGCACCAUUUUUCCUCUUGGUGAAAUUUAACUGACAACCUGCCUCAUAGUACAUGGUUAUUUUAUGUAAGCAUACACAGUAUGCAUAUAUACCUCUUUGGUGUUUCAUUUGUACAGCGUUUAAUGACUCAGAAAACACAUUGUAAAUAACAAAAAUGAGUGAAAAAUAUUGAAAAUAAACACUUUUUGUGGUCAGAUAACUUAUGGCCAUAUACUAAGUCCA